UGUGGACUGAUGUUGGGAUUAGACUUAACGCACAACAUGCAAAAUCAUGGCCCUGUGUGCAGGUUAACUCGUCUUAAACAAACUUGUCCUGGGGACAAAGUCAGUGCAGACCUGCCAACCAGUACGGUUUUGCCGUAUUUAAUACGGGAAUUUAUUGAAAAUACGGCCGUACCUUUUUUCUCCAUAAAAUACGGGUUUUGACCAUUUUGACACGCCAAAAAAAAAUCCUAGUUCGGCUGCGAGUGAAGAGUGCGCAAGAAGAAACAAACGGCUGCGAACGUAGACUACGUUGAGACACGAGGCUUGACAUCGCGAUCAAGUAAGCUAGGGUGUCUGUGAUUGGUGCAUGGGAUGUAAACAAACGCAUGGACCGGGCGUAUUAACCAAUCAGAUCGUUGCAUACAAAAGCGCUAGGCAUAUAGUGCGCAUACCAUGUGCAACUAGCUAGCUGAGGAUAAUUGAGCGUGGAAUUCGAAAGCAGCACUGGCGUGAAAUAAAUAUGGCUUCGACCUCCAAAAAAGAUAUUAAAAGGAAGCAACUGUACAAAAAAGAGUACACCGAGAAAUGGGAUUUCAUCCAGCCGUCCCAGAGAGGAGAGAAUUACGCACGGUGUACGUUGUGUAUUUCCGAUUUUAGCAUCGGUCAUAGUGGAUCAUAUGAUAUUACCCAGCACAUUGAAACGACCAAGCACCGAAAUAUUGCCGAGACUAAGAGUGCUAAUCGCUCUAUUAGACAAUUUAUGCCAUCUAAUAAAGACUAUGAUCUGAUUAGAGCGGAAACUUUAUGGACUGAGUAUGUUAUCGAACAUAACAUGCCGUUCGUCUCUUCUGAUGAAUUCACGGACGUGGUAAAGCAGAUGUUUCCUGACAGCAAGAUUGCCUCAAAAUUUUCUUGUCGUCGUACGAAAACUACUGCCAUUGCUCGGACUUUGGGACAACAGACAAAAGAUGAUAUCACACAUAGACUGAGACAAACACGUUUCUCCUUGUCUACUGAAGGCAGCUCGGAUAGGGGUGCUGAAGAACAGCUGUAUCCAAUCGUUGUUCGGUACUUUGAUGAAAACGUGAACAGAGUUGUGGGUGUGUUACUUGAGAUAGCUACAACAGAAAAAAGGUCAACAGGUGCAAAUAUCUUUGAACUGCUUGAUAAUGCCUUGAAAGAAAAGAGAAUCCCUUGGGAGAAUUGCAUCUGCUUCUCUGCAGACAACGCAUCAGUCAUGAUGGGCAUUCACGCGGGUGUAGCAACAUAUGUCAGGAAGCAGAAUCCAGAUGUUUUUGUUCUCGGGUGUCCCUGUCACCGUCUACAUCUAGCAGCAGAAAAGGGAGCAUCCACACUGCCAUUCACUCCCGUUGAUGUACUGAUCGCAGUGUUCUACUACCUGGAGAAGUCAUCCAAGCGCCACAAAGAAUUGAAAGGAGUGCAGACCCUGUGUGGCACAGCAAAUCACAAGAUACUAAAACAUGUAUGCACACGAUGGCUGUCCCUUGAAAAAGCCUUGAACCGAUUGUUAGAACAGUGGCCAGCAUUACUGGAAUACUUCAAGCGGGAAGCUGGUCAUGGGUCAGAGAAAAGAAAGAAUGAAGAGAGUUCAAAUCAACCAAAGAAACAGAAAUCAAACCAAACCAAAGACAGUGAAAGCAGUGCAGCAGGAACAUCCACUGGAAGAACAACUACUGGAGUUCACACUUCAAGUCAAACCAAAGACAGUGAAAGCAGUCCAGCAGGAACAUCUACUGGAGUUCACACUUCAAGUCAAACCAAAGACAGUGAAAGCAGUCCAGCAGGAACAUCUACUGGAGUUCACACUUCAAGUCGAACCAAAGACAGUGAAAGCAGUCCAGCAGGAACAUCCACUGGAAGAACAACUACUGGAGUUCACACUUCAAAGAGCUGCAGUGGAUUUGCUAGGGCAAUAGGUGCAUACACAAGAAGAAAACUACCGCAAAUCUGGCUUCCAAGGACAUUAAAGCCAAGCACUACAUCAACCUCAAAAUCAAAACCAACCAGUAAAUCGGCCUCAAAACCAAAGCCAGCCAUGAAAGCAGCUGCAAAGGCUGAAGAAAUUCACGCAACACUAGCAGAUGACUACAACAAACUGUACUGUUUGUUUUUGAAACAGACAAUACCACUAUUCACCCACCUUAACUUGGAACUUCAAAAAGAUGAACCGAUGGUACAUGUGCUACAUGACAAAUUAAAUGGUUUUCUUAAAAACAUUAUGCUGAGAUUUGUGAAGCCAGUCAUCAUCAAAACUUCCCCAGACCUGAAAGAGUGCCAGUACAAGGAUCCAACUAACCAAAGGCCAGAUGCAGACUUAAUGUUGGGACAAGAAGUCAGAGACUUCAUAAGUAGUCCUAAGUUCUCUUCAAGUCAACUGGAGGAGUUCUACAUGUCUGUCAGGAAGUACUUCACUGCAGUAUGUGAUUACGUCAUCAGUACAUUCCCCUUGAGUGAUGAACUGCUGGAACAUGCAGGAGUGGCUAAUGUAAACAAGCGACUUGAAGAGAGUUUCUCUUCUGUUUCAUAUUUUGUGAAGAGAUUCCAUUUCAUGGAGGAUAAAUUGGAUCAGUUAGAGGUGGAAUUUGCAAACUACCAGGUUGAUGAUGAACUGGAUUCAUUGUUGGAGAAAAGGGCAGAUGACACUUGGUUUGAUAUCUCUCACAUGAAAGACAAAGCAAGCAGUCAACUGAAGUAUCAACACCUCCCACAGCUGAUGCUCAUGAUCCUUUCCAUUUCGCAUAGAAAUGCAGAAGAUGAAAGAAUUUUUAGCAUCGUCAGGAAAAAUGCAACAGAGUUCCGAUCAAGUUUGAGUACUUCAGUUCUCUCAGACUCUUUAACUAGCAAGAUCUACUGGCAAGCAGCAGGGAUUCCUUGCCAUAGCCGUGUGCUGAAAAACAACCUACUCCUGAAGUGCAAGAAGGCAACUGUCAUGUCUAACACGCGAAAACUUUGAUGUACACCUGUAAGUAUUAAAGUUGGAGCAAUUGCAGCAACAUUAAACCUUUGUAAGCUCGUUUGUGCAUUAAAACAAAAUAAUACAGGUUUUUAAGGAAAAAUACAGGUUUUUGAGUUUCAGAAUACAGUUUUGUUAUCUCACAGGUUGGCAGGUCUGUCAGUGGUCCAAAUUCAGUUCGAGUUGAUUUAGAACCCGGUUAGACCGAGUUGACUUGAGACCCAGUUGACAUAAGCGAGACAGGGUACCGAGCUGACUCAGAACUGAUUGACUAAGACCGAGUUGGUGAAGGGUCGAGUUGGCUUGAAAUUAACCAGCCAUGGCCAAUCAAGAUCAUGAUCCGAUAAACAUGUACACUUCUGGAAUAAGAAAAAUACGUAUAGUAUUUUAGAUGCUUGUUGGCAGCAGACAAUAAUUUAUCACUCCUGUCAGUAAAAACUAGUUUGGUGCCUUGAGUUUCAUUUGAAUAGAGGAAAUGGAUUCAUAUAUUUUUCAGUUACAAAUGCAUGUAAUCUAUCUCUUUUAUGUAUAAUUUACUGUGUCCAUUAAAAUUGAAAAUAUUGAAACCAUUAACCCCCAGACAGGAUGAUAGUAUCAGUGUUAAACAUUACUUAAACCAAAAUCAUCAUUGCAUGUUUUGCUGAUCAAAGUUGCUGGUACAACUAUAUGAAACAAAAUAAAUCAUUAAAAAAACAAAAUUUGCACAAUUGCAGGGUUUUGUAAAUGCACAGUUUCGAUGUUGGUAUGGUGAUGGUGGUGGUGUGGGGAGGGGUAAGCAAAUGUCAUAUUUUGUGUGCAGUUAAAUCCCAACAUCGGUCCCCAGUUGUGUGCAGUUCUAAAUCGAAGAAAAUGUGGCCCGCAAUUGACGUGUAGUUCAGGCUGAAAGCAGCGGCGAACAGCUACCACCGUGCAUGGCCCACAUGGCACGCUGACC